UUCAGACGUCCUUCGUUCCAUAGAUUCAAGUCUAACCUAUUAUAUUUUGAAGUUUUAUAAAUCAUAUUUUGUCCACAGAUGUAUAUCUAUGAUUUUUUUAACAUUUUUCAACACACAAAUAACUAACUUGUUAAAAUGUUAACCUAAGAAGAGUGGUCCGAAAUUACCUUACCAUGUCCUACCUAAAGGUGAUGCACUGCAGUUUUUGUGUAAAACAUGGCAUCUACGGCCUAUCUACAAAAUCAGUCCUGCUUAAAAUUGGUCAAGGGAAAGAAUUGCUGCAACUGGCCAAAAUAUCAACUUCAAACAACUGGAGAAGUAAAUUACCAAUAACAACACAAACUCAGAACUUGCAAAAUGUGAAAAGCAAAAAUGUACCACAAGAUACCAGAGCAUGGAAAGAAACACCAACACAUGACAUUAAAAACAACAUGGGCAAUUAUUGCAUGAUGCUAUCAAAAUUUCGUUUGACUUCUCUAGUAGUAAUGACAUCAAUGGCAGGGUAUGCGUUAGCACCAGCACCAUUCAACUUCACAACAUUUGCCCUGUGUGCGGUCGGCACUGGCUUAGUAUCAUCUGCGGCUAAUUCUAUCAAUCAGUAUCAUGAGGUGCCAUUUGAUGCUCAAAUGUCACGAACUAAGAAUAGAGUGCUUGUUAAAGGAUUGCUAGAACCUGUCCAUGCUAUUAGUUUCGCAGCGGUUACAAGUGCAACUGGACUUGGAGUAUUAUAUUUUGGGGUUAAUCCGCUGACAGCAGCGUUAGGUGCAGGCAACCUUUUGCUGUAUACAUCUGUGUAUACCCCUAUGAAAAGGAUGUCUAUUCUAAACACAUGGCUUGGAUCAGUUGUCGGUGCGAUACCACCGUUGAUGGGGUGGGCGGGCUGCACGGGCGGUCUAGAUGCGGGCGCGCUUGUGUUAGGCAUGGUGCUGUACUCAUGGCAGUUUCCGCACUUUAACGCUCUCUCGUGGAACCUGCGACCGGACUAUUCACGCGCUGGCUACAGAAUGAUGGCUGUUACUGAUCCUGGUUUAUGUAGACGAGUAGCGUUAAGACACACUGGUAUUAUAACGGCGACCUGCAUUGCUUCUUCAUAUUUAGAUGUGACAAAUAUGUGGUUCGCUUUGGAGUCUUUACCAUUAAAUUUAUAUUUUAUGUACUUAGCUUGGCAAUUUUAUAAGAAAUCCGACAGCGGUAGUUCAAGGAAACUGUUCAGAUUCUCUCUGAUACAUCUACCCGCCUUGAUGUUACUUAUGCUAGUCAAUAAGAAGUAUUGGAGUUCGAGUGAAACUCACGAAGUAAAAGAUUUAAUAAAGUCGCAAGAUUUGAACAAGUUACCCGAGUCCAAGAGGCUGACAGUGUUGCCGCGCGGGCCAGUCGUCACCGCGCAAGAAACGGACUUAUCGAGAAACUGAUCAAUUUACAUACUACAAAUAUGUAGAAGCUAGUUUUUUUCCUCUGUAAAUAGUGUUUAUAUUUUAUUUACUUUAGCUUGCGUUGUAAGAUAAUAAAUCCACAUGCAAUUGUUAAAAAAAGAUUAAUUUAUUUUGUUACCAUAGCUUUUUCGACUUUAACUUAAGAGUUAAAUGAAUAAUACGAAAAAUAGAAAAAUCAUAAAAUUUA